UGGUCAGCGCCAAAAUUAUCGUGUUGUUUACAUUUUCAACUUCGGAGGGCUUCAGUUGUCCAGUCGUUUUUCAAUUAUAUAUUUAUUUAGUUUCCACGCCAUUCUACGAUGAACUCACAGAGCUAUUUUCCUAAUUACUAUGCCGUGGAAGACAUAUUCGUUACACAAGAAAAAGUAGAAUGCAAAGUAAAUACCAAGCUAUUGAAAAUGGGAUUUCUCGAUUCCGGUGCUGAUACUGAAGAUUUAAAUCCUGGACGCACUAUCAACCUUCCGCUUUGGUAUAUCAAAGAGCUCAAAGUUAAUAAUCCCUAUUUUACUGUAUGUGUGCCUGAAAUCUAUAAAAAUGUUCACAAGGCAGUGUGUGAAGCUGAAACAACCCACAUAGAAUUGGGAAAAUUACAUCCAUAUUUUUAUGAAUAUGGUCGUUAUUUAACACCCUAUGAUCGAAAUCAUGUAGUGGGAAAAAUCGUCUUCGAAACCAUGCGCCAGAGAGUAAGACAUUUGCUGGAUAUUUCUAAGAAUGCGACUGAUACAGGUAAACCCGAACAUCGCUUGGAUGAUAUAGAGAAUAAACUGUAUGAAUCGGGGGUUAAAACAAGUCAUUUGUAUGUAAAUUGGCUGCGAAUGAAAUUCAACAACAUUGCUGCUUCCGAAAUGGUCCAGGAACACACGAAAAAACGAAAACGUGAACGUCGAAGCGAUGCCAACGAUUCACCGGAACAAGAACACAAACGCCAAACACUGUAG